GCCAGGAGCUGCAGAUCAUAACGACUAAUCCAACCCUGGUUGUCUACCAGUCCGGGCUUGUCCUGGGGCUAAGUGCUCCCUCACAGGCUGGAAUGGCUUUCAUUUUCGGAUUUUCCACGAGGUUACGCUAGACCACAUUCAUUCUCGACUGGUUCGCCAUGAAAAUGAUCACGAACAAGCAGACCAGUCGCCGCCUCGCCAGGCUGCCGAACUUUGUGCUUAUCCAGAUACUCAAAGCCACUGUGGCACGUCUUUACCGCCUCGAGAUGGAGCUAAACGAACUGGAGUUGGCUCUGGACGACGACCAAAAAGAGAUCGAGGGAUACACCUAUGAGAUCGACGAGUGUCACGACCGCAUGCAAGACAUUGACGAGUUCGUGCGUGCAAUCCAGGCUGGUGAAGUCCCAGCGUUACCCAACACAGCAUUCGCUUUGGUGGAGAUGGAGGAGGAGCGCGAAGAGGAGGAGAACGCCAUCAACAAGUACAAGGAGGCCCGUGGUUGGCACGAGGAGCAAUUUCAAAAACUGCAAGGGCAGUGCGCUAUGCUCAAGAAGGAACGUGCUGGACUCCAUAAGACGUGCAUUGAAAUAUGUUCAAUCUUCCGGCGUAGUGGCGUUUUCGGAGUGAUACGGGCGAGACUGGUCAAACUCAAUUCCAAGUCGGCAUAACAGCGCUGAUUGGACUAGGUGUCCGUCGUAUUGGUGUAGCAUGGCAUGAAAAAGACCAACGAACCGAUUAUAUGUGUAGGCGAGCUUUACAAUGCCAGAUGAGCACCGGUAUUUAAAAAAAAAAUACAGCGAGCAAGGGUAAUCAUGAUGGUGUACCGGUG